GCUGCGGUCCGGCGCGCCGGAGCCGCCCGCGCGGACGCCGAGAGAAGAGGCGAGGCGGGGAGCUCGAGCGGCGGCUACUGCCACGUCUUCCCGGCAGUGGCAGUGGCGGCGGCGGCGCGGGAGGAGGAAUAACCCAAGUCACCUUUCCUGGAAAUCAGUUGGCUGAAACUAUUGAAACAGCAGUUCUUGAAGAAAAGGAGAUUCUGCACCUUGACCAGAGGAGCGUGAUCCUUCCUUCAAACCCCUCUCCAGACGCACCCUCCUAGCAUCCCCUAGGAAAGAUGCGGCAGCUCAAGGGGAAGCCCAAGAAGGAGACGUCCAAGGACAAGAAGGAGCGGAAGCAGGCCAUGCAGGAGGCCCGGCGGCAGGUCACCACGGUGGUGCUGCCCACGCUGGCUGCGGUCGUGCUGCUGAUCGUGGUGUUCGUGUACGUGGCCACGCGCCCCGCCAUCACCGAGUGAGGGAGCUGCCCCCAGAGAGGAGGCGCGGGAGAGGAGAGCAGAAGAAGAAUGGCUUUCAUCUGCAGAGAUUCUCUUGAUGCUGAGCUCUGAGCCAGAGUACCCUGUCUUCUCUGGUCUGUGACUUGAUUAAAGUUUCUCCACUUAUCUUGGGAGGGAAUAGGGAACGCUUUAUCAGUGAAUGUGCCACACACCUUAUGGUCCACUUCAUGUGCCUUUCAGACUUCAAAGCUGCGUGUGUGUGUGUGUGUGUGUGUUUCUCGCCUACAAUCGAUACGUAGCUCCACCUGGUGAGAGGAGGAACCUCUGGGUCAUGGAUCAGUUGGAAUCAGUGCUCACCCCGUCCCCUUUGCUUUGAACAUGACUCUUUCCUACACGUGUUCAUGAUUUCCAAAGGGACUGUAUUUCUUCUCUGUGCUUCAUGUGAUUUGAAAUAUGUCGACUCAAAAGUGAAAUAUUUAUUUUUUGAAUAAAGGAGAUAAUAGCCUGAAA